AUGCCGGCAACUUCAACGUGGGACAUGAUGUACGGUAGAAACCACGCCAAUGGAUCUCGGUCGCCGGAUCCGAGUCCCAAUAAAAUGGACCUUCCAUUAUCUAUAUUGAAACAUUUGCCUACGCCUGUGCUAGUCCUGGAUCAGUAUCGGAAAGUGCUAUGGACAAACUGGAAAGCAGAAGCUUUGUUGGGUAGCACAGAUUCUUGUAGGAAUGAUGAGAGCGCAUUGAUCGGAAAGGACUUGGAUGAAUUGGGUGUCACAUUACUAGAUAAUCGAUCAUGGGCACCGGUUCUAAGUGAGAUAGAGUAUCUUCGACGUGGCGGUACCUCAUCAAAUGAUGAAGAUUCGAGCUUUUUUGAUGGGUUCCAGGUGGUGGUCAACAAUUCAUCUUGGUCGAAUGAUCAGAAGGAAAGACGAUUUCGGGCUUGUAUUGAUGCUUUGAAUGAGGACCGUGGCCUUCAUUUCAUUCUUACCUUCGAAUCACCGAUAUUUUUGCAUGGGAAUCCCAUCAACUCCGGGCCAGGCUCAACAUCGUGGGCAAAUAAAGUAAAAGAGCCUCAACAUAAACCAGCCUUCAUAAGGGAUGACAUUUUUUGUUCUCUUCGAAAAGCAAUUUUUGACAAUGUUGACACUCCCGCAUUCAUGAUAACUGCAGAUGGUGAAUAUUACCUAUCGAACCGCAAAGUUCGAGAUGUCUUAGGAAAGUCUAUGGGGGGAGAUAAUGGCUUCUUGGCAAGAACUCGACAGCCGUUUGCGAAUCAAAGAUCUGGAUUCAUAAACCCCAUAAAUGGAGAUCGAUUGACAAGUCUAAUUUCUGGAGAAUGCCUUUAUGACGAAGCUGGGAUCUACUUAGGAGCGAUCUGCUGGUGCGAAGAUAUACAGGAAUACGAACAAUACCUGGUUGAGAAACAACACAAGUUACUACGAAGCCAUGAAACUAUCUGCGAUUUGAUGCCACAUCUAGUGUGGACUACAAGACCGGAUGGAUAUUGCGAUUGGUACUCUAGGCGGUGGUACGAAUACACUGGCAUGUCUAAGGAGGAAAGUGUUGGCACCGGAGAAGCUUGGGCUCAUGGACUGGCAAAUGGCAAAGAUGGCGAGGUUGAGGUACGGUAUCGAAGGCAUGAUGGGGUAUACAGAUGGAUGCACACGAGAGCUUGCCCACUACUUGACGACAAUGGAGAAGUUCUGAAGUGGUAUGGCACAAAUACAGAUAUCACGGAUAUUGUGAUGUCACGAAUUGAGGCCAAGAGGAACAAGCAUCAAAUGUUGACAGUUCUGGCUCAUGCCGAAGUCAACAUGUUUUGUGUGGAUAAAAAUCGACUAGUAACAAUGGCGGAAGGAGCCAUGCUAUGGGGUACCAAAACUGAGCAAGCGUGUCAAAGUAAGGAAAACUUGAUUGGGAAAAAUAUUAUUGAGCAUAUGCAAAGUACGCAGGCAGGGGGUAUACCGGGUCACGAAAACUCUGUCCUGGAAAUAUUAUCUGGAAAGGUCGAAAUGGCAACAUGCGAAGAGAAGAUAGGAGACAAAAGUUACCGAACACGAUUGGUGGCAGAUCUCGAGCAUAGCAGCGAUGAUGGAGGACAAGCACCAAAGGUCAUCGGAUGCUUGGGCUUGAGUAUUGAUAUUACGGAUAUGGAAAAACGGGCGCAAUUAGAGAUGGAUAAUACGAGGUUGAUGAUUGAAGAACAAGCAGCCAAAGAUUCAUCUAAGAUGAAAAGUCAAUUCUUAGCAAAUAUGUCGCAUGAAAUGCGCACUCCGACGGCGGGCGUGAUUGGCAUGGUGGACUUACUCGACGAAGACCCAACCUUAACGUCUUCGCAACGCGAAUAUGUUUCUAGCAUCCAACUUUCGGGAAGAGCACUCCUGACCAUUGUGAAUGACAUACUCGACUUUUCGAAGAUCGAAUCUGGUCGUCUCGACAUCGAAGAAGUUCCAUUCAAUCUUUGUUCCAUUGUAGGAGAGCUAUGUAAAUUGUUGUGCGUUUUUGCUAACCAAAAGAAUUUGGUAUUCAAUUACGAAAAUGAGGUUGACGAAAGCCUCGAAGUCCUGGGAGACCCCGGGCGAAUCAGACAAGUCCUAUCUAACCUUUUAACAAAUUCGCUUAAAUUCACGGAAAACGGAUCUAUAACAAUAAGCGCGAAAGGAAAGAGAAUAACGGAUCCAGGCAACAUUGGAAAAGAUACAAUUGAGGUCAGCUUCGUGAUCAAGGAUACCGGGAUUGGGAUAUCUAAAACAACCUUGGAUAAGUUGUUCAGACCCUUUAGCCAGGGGGAUUCUUCAACCGCGAGAUUAUAUGGUGGGACGGGUCUAGGUCUGACCAUAUCGAGGAAUCUUGCAACUCUGAUGUCUGGAACGAUUGCUCUUGAUUCAGAAGAAGGAGUUGGGAGCACGGCCACAUUCACAAUAACAUUGAAGAUAUCCUCCUAUUGCCGUUACCCCCGACGUUCCAACACUCCGGCUAAGCUUGAAUUUUCUUUCGCCAACAAUAACUCUGAUCCACAAUCUUUGCCGAGUACGCCACUGGCUCUUCGACCAAGCUCUCACCGAGGGCAGGUAAAACAACAACUUAUAAACCAACAAAUCUCGACUAGUGAAACCAAUCAUGUCCUCCCUCCAUAUCUAAGAAACGGAGACAAGUACAAAAAUAAUGGGCCAAAACUUCCACUGGAAGAACGAGGCGAGAUCCUUGUUCUAGUUGUCGAGGAUAAUGCCAUUAAUCAAACCAUCGCAUUGAAAACUGUCCGAAAUCUAGGAUUUCAAGCAACAGCCGUUUGGAACGGACGCGAAGCAUUGAAUUACUUGAGCAAUCCUGGGCCAUCUAAUCCGAGACCAGAUAUCAUCUUGAUGGAUGUCCAGAUGCCAAUUAUGGAUGGUUAUGAAGCAACGAAAAUUCUAAGGACGAAUAAAGAAUAUGAAAGGUAUCUAGAGUAUGAUAUACGGUCGUUAGAAACAGCCAAAAAAUUGGCCACCGCGAGACACUCAAAUCUGAAUGGAUCGGAAAUGGGGAGUCCGACUGGCAAGACACAAACCAAAACGAAAAGUAGACUAAAAGAUCUUCCAGUGAUAGCUAUGACGGCUAGUGCGAUCCAAGGAGACCAAGAAAAGUGCCUCGAGGCGGGAAUGGAUGGAUACUUGAGUAAACCAGUUGAGAAGGAAAGGUUGGAGGAAACGCUGAUAUACUGGGCACAAAAAACAAUAGAUGUCCGAGAACUUGCAAGUCUGGGGGCCUCGAGUUCUGAUGGCAAACAUAGCAAAAAUGAUUCUGCCGAUUCUGCCGUUGUCAUGAUGGACGAGGAUUCUACUUGGUCACAGGAUGGGGGAUCGAGAGACGGCGAUCUAGAUGGUGGGGAUGCGAGUUCAGAAACAGCUGGUCCACACUGA